UUCAAUUUUCAAUGCGUAGCUGCGUAAUCUGAUACGGGCCCUUUAGGGGCUAUCCAGACGGAUUUGCAUAAUCGCAGCAAGUCGCAGUCACAUAACAUAUGCAUAAGGAAAUUGAUUGGUCCAUUUCCUUGUGCAUUUGCUUAUGGUGAAUGUUGGUUGGUUAUAUAUAAUAUAUAUGCAUCGGUUGCAUGUUUCCUAUAUAACCUCUUUUCUGCAGGGUAAAGUACAAAAUAUACGUAAAUCGUUAUUAUGUAUGGAUGGAAGUAAUUAUUUGUAGAUCGGAGUGUGUGUAAAAACGCUUAAAGUGACGAUAUUACUCUAAUAUUAAGUUUGGAGCUCAUGUUUUGUACUUACGACAACCUAUCAAUUCUGUUGGCAUCGUGUCAAUGUGACGGAGUUAUUUUAAUUCCGUAUUUUGGACGACCCUGAUGUAUGCUAUCGCAUUACAAAUUUGUUCUAUUAUUUCUACGACAUAGAUUAGAACUGUCAGGAUAACAAUAAUUGAUUACGAGGAUGGGUGAGCUUAUAUAUGGAAAAAGAAGAAGUAUUGUAAGGAGAAUAGGUUCCUUUUUACCACUAAAGCCACCACCAAAAAUAUAUGUCAGUGUAACACCAUUACAUUCGAUGACAAGUUCAAUGAUUAAUGAGGAAACUAGUAACACUUAUGUCGAUACAAAUGGACAUGGUUCUAUGAGGCUUUCCGGUAGCAGACCAGAUCUAUUGGAGCCAAUUAGUUUUGGAUCCGAAGUAAGAUUACUUGCGUUGGAACAAGAGUUGCAAGAACUUAAAGAACAAAUCUCUACAAUUGUGAAAAAUAAUAAACUAUCUAAGUAUGCAUCUGUUACAUCUUUGCCCAAUGGAGCGGACAAGGAAAAAUCUUUGCCAAUACCACCACCACCUCCACCUCCUCUUCCGCCACCCACAACACCACAUAUCGCGAGAAGAGCUAGUUUGCAAGAUCAUAAAAUUGAAGAGCGCAAGAAAAGUCCACUGAGUGUACAGAAAUCGACAGACGAUAUACUUAAAGAUAUCGACAAUAUAAAAUUGAGACCAAUUGCGAGAUCUCCAGGUGGACAUUCUAUUCGGAUAAAGCGUGAAAAUAGUCCAUGCAACGAUUUGCAAAGAGUCACAUAUUUUGAUAGCAGUUAUAUUGCUGUAGGGGUCGAUACUGUUGUUAUAUCCAUCAUACUGUAUCCUAUGUACACGUAUCACUUCGAAUUGAUUAGAGGUUGGGAAGAAGAUGAUUCAAAGCCAACAUAA